CAAAAGGAGCCGAGAUCCCUGGGGACCUGAGGCUCGCCUAGAACUCCUAGUCCGAGCCAUGAUCCCGCAGUUCUGGGCCUGCUGUCUUUUCUCACUGUUCCUGGUCGGCUUCGCUCAGCCGACCCCGAAACAGCAACAGAUGAAGGUGGAUUGCUAUAAGGGGGUGACAGGCACCAUCUAUGAGUAUGGAGCCCUCACCCUCAAUGGCGAGGAGUAUAUCCAGUUCAAGCAGUAUGCGGGCAAGCAUGUCCUCUUUGUCAAUGUGGCCACCUAUUGAGGCUUGGCAGCUCAGUAUCCUGAACUGAAUGCACUACAGGAGGAGCUGAAGCCUUUUGGUGUAGUUGUGUUGGGCUUUCCCUGCAACCAAUUUGGAAAACAAGAACCAGCAAAAAAUUCAGAGAUCCUUUUGGGGCUCAAGUAUGUACGUCCAGGUGGUGGCUUUGUUCCCAAUUUUCAGCUCUUUGAGAAAGGGGAUGUGAAUGGAGAAAAAGAACAGAAGGUCUUUAGCUUCCUGAAGAACUCCUGCCCUCCAACCUCUGAUUUUUUGGGCUCAUCAAGCCAACUCUUCUGGGAGCCCAUGAAGGUCCAUGACAUCCGCUGGAACUUUGAGAAGUUCCUGGUGGGGCCUGAUGGAGUCCCUAUCAUGCGCUGGUUCCACCGGGCUUCCAUCAGCACAGUCAAGUCAGACAUCCUGGAGUACAUGAAGCAGUUCAAAAGCAAAUAGGAAGGGCCAGACAUCAUCAGAAGUUGCCUCCUACCUGAAGAACACAUUUAAGGAUCUAUCUUUGCUCCAGAUUCCAUCCUACCCAGCUUCCACAUGACCAAAACAUCCUGUACGGCCCAAAUACCUGUGCGUGUGUGUGUGUGUGUGUGUGUGUGUGUGUGCGUGUGGAGAUUAAGGGAAAGAAAACCUAUCUCCCAACUGUCUGAUCCCAAAGUAUCAAGUUUAUUCCACUCCAUUCCAAAGGAAAAUCAUAUUAUAGGUAGAUGGUUCGGACUACCCAUGUCCCUAAAAAAGUAAUCCCCAGCAGUCCUGACACCCUCCUUCCUCAUCCUGAAGGUUUAAAGAAAACAGAAACUGGCAGCAAGACUCUCAAUAUCUCCUUAACAGCCUCUUCCCUCCUCCAAGACAGGCAUGCAACGUUAAACUCUUCCUCUCCCUAGUUAGUUUUCCUUUAGUUCUCUGACACCCUGUAGUUCUCUUGUAGGAUCUCUGAAGGCAGAGUGAGAGCAGAAACCUCAACUCACAUGAAAUGAGGGGCAUCUCCAUGAUGGUGGAUCCCAAAGCCCCUGUGGGUCGGACCCUACCAGAACCUUCUUUGGUGCCUGUCCCUUAGUGCAUUCAGGUCAUGGCACCUGGGCAGGGAUGUUCCUUCUUUCUGAAUGAUGGGCUUUUUCCUCACCCUUUAAACUCAUCAUUGUCACUAUCUCAAAUUAAAAAAAAAUUCUGCAGCAUCUGGCUUCCCGUUGGUGUUUUCCCAGUCCCAUGUUUUGUGUGGAGUCAUACCACUUCCUCUCUCACUUUGUUUCUAUUUCCUUGACUACCUCAC